AUGCAAAUGCAACAGUGCUCCGCGCACUACAUGUACUGUACCGCCAACUAUCAGUGCGGCGAAGGCCAAUUGCGUUGCAUCGACAUGAUCCGCUACCGCGAGUGCUGCACUCCGAUCCGUCGUGACUGUCCCCCAGUGACGCAUUUGAACUUCCGAUGCAUCGUCUCGGAACCCGUUAGCUGGUGUGAUGAGGAUCGCGAUUGUCACACGACACCUCAGCAGAAGUGUUGUCCAACCGGAUGUAAUUAUAAUAUUUGUAUUUGA